CCAUCAUGCCUUUCGCUGUUGACACCCUGAGCGGGAAGUUAGAAAGACAGCUGUGCACUUAGUCUACAGUUAUUAAUUUAGCUCCUCGUUUAAACUGUAAGGAGUGAGCGAAAAUGCACAAUGAGACCAGCCUGCAGAGUGACACCAAGGACGAGCGAGCCUCCACCGCCUUCGGAAGGUACAAGUACACCGCUGAUGAGUACCAAGCGGUCCAGAAUGCACUGCGACGGAAUCUUGGGCCAGAAUACAUCAGCAGCAGAAUGGCAGGAGGUGGUCAAAAGGUCUGCUACAUUGAGGGACACAGGGUGAUUAGCCUGGCCAAUGAGAUGUUUGGGUACAAUGGGUGGUCCCACUCCAUCUCCCAGCAGAAUGUUGAUUUUGUGGAUCUCGUCAACGGCAAAUUCUAUGUUGGUGUCAGUGCGUUUGUCAAGGUCCAGCUGAAGGAUGGCUCAUACCAUGAAGACGUGGGCUAUGGCGUGAGUGAGGGGCUGAAGUCCAAAGCCUUGUCACUGGAGAAGGCCAGGAAAGAAGCCGUUACUGACGGUUUGAAGAGAGCCCUCAAGUGUUUUGGAAAUGCUCUGGGGAACUGUAUCCUGAACAAGCAGUACCUCAUGGCCAUCAACAAGGUUCCCAAGCAGCCCCAGCCUCCCCUGGACCCGAACCAGACGAAGCGCCUGGACGGUGAGCCCCUAGUGGAGAAGGCGAGGUACUGCAGUCUGCAGCAGGGGGACCGGUGCGGGAGUGGGGCCGGUGGCAGAGGCAGCAGCGACGGCUUGGGAACGUCCGCUAGGGCCCCUCUGGAGCAGCCGAGAGCUGAGCCGGGGCUCCAGGAGAGCGGUGGAGCCAGGGACCCGCCGCCACACACCCCAGCCCUGCAGGACAGCGAGAACAGGCACACCGGCACCUCCAGAGAGUCGAUGACAGUAGAUGUAGACGUGUCCUCAGACACAGACCCCAGACAGCAGCGGAAACUUAAGCAGCAGCAACAACAGCAAAGGUUUCGCCAGGAGAUGGAGGCCCGAAAGAUGCAGAGCGAGAAGCCACAGCUGCAGGCCAAGGAAGAAAACACAGCGCCACCCAGGGGAGAGGAGGCCCCAAGCAACUUUCAUGGGCGGUCAGGCUCCCUGGGCCAGGAUGAUUGGCGGGUCAACCACAGCACACCCGCCGGCCCCCGGGCGUCCCUCAACGCUGAGGACGAGUUCCUGGCAGAGGACCCGGAGCUGUGGGACUUGAACCUGGACGACAUCGACACCCUGGAGGCCCAGGCCGGGGGUGACCGGGGCUCGCACCCCUCCGCACAGGGCAACGGGCACCAGAUGACGACCCGCAGCAGGACUCCGCAGAGAGUGCCAUCGCUCCGGGCUCCUGUUCGGCCCCAGGAACCACAGCCCACAAACAGCUACCAGAACCGGCACCAGAUUCAGCACCAGCACCAGCACCAGCACCCCGCUCUCCACAUGGGCAAUUCCACCCAUCAAGAUGCUUCAAUCAGCCCACACAGACACGGACAUCAUGUGAAGAAGCGGAGACUGGAGCCCAGAUGACGACAUACUAGAGACAUUUAAGCCACUUCUUCUCUUGCACAUCUGUACAUAUUUCAUAUGGA